ACUGUAUAUCGACCAAUGCUCUGCUGGGCCAACGAGGAUCAUUAUUUGAGCCAACGCUACCCGAAUCCGCAGCAAAAGGCACCCGAAACACUGAAGAACCUUCUGUUGCGAUCCAGUGUACCAAUAGUGAGUGCUCCGAAUCCCGAGUGGGAGUUGCAAUCCGCCAGCACUAUGGCACCACUCAAAGGCCAGGAAGUGCUUAAGUUCCACAAACACUCUUAUCUCGAGAACCGCAUCUUCGAUCACCGUCUGGUCAAGGACAACCUUUUGGACAAGUGGCCCACAGCCGACAUGAACGAGUACAACGAGCGCAAGGACCACCGCAACCUAAUGGAGUCCUAUCCAUGGAGCCAGGCGGGCGCUCCUCCCUGCAUGGAGCCCGUCAUGGGACCCUCGAUCCCGCCGAGAGUUGGAGCAGCAUACGAGACGCCCACGAAGCACCCGUGGCGACCGGCAAUGGCCUAUGAGCUCAUCCAGGUGAAGCACCUACCCGAGCAGCCGGUGACCAACCAGCUGACAAAGCAGUGCUUCCUGCCCAAGGGCAUGAAGACGGACGGGAUGAUCUUUCCCAACCUUGUCACUGGAUUCGAUCGCAAUCCGCAGCAUGCUGCCCGGGCCGCCCUCUACACGCGUUAUACAAGCAACGAGUGGUACAACAAUAACAUGACGAAGUACUCCGAGUCCAACAUGAACCGCAACUUGUCCGAGCGCAUGCGCAACGACGCAGUGCGUCUGAUGCGGGAGACGGAUGAGAAGGCGACCUCGGGCCAAAGAGACGCCGGUCGAAGGCUGGGUGAACGGAUCACCGACCUGACGUUCUGGCGCAACGAGCUGAACGCGGAGCUGGAAAAGCUCAUCGCCGAGAUGUCAGACAUCAAUGAGCUACAGCGCCAGUGCGGCAAGGCGCUCCUCGACUUGGAGAUCCCCUUGCACAUCGCCCAGGAGUGCCUCUUCCACCGGGAGUCGCGCCAGGGCACCGAGAAGGUGCACGACAUCGUUGAGAAGGCACUUCUCGUAGAGAUCAACAACCUGAGAAACUCCCGCGACCGUCUGGGCGGCCUGCAUGAGAAGAUUGCGAAGCAGGCGCUCGACUGCCGCGGCGCCCAGCAUCUGCUCGAGGACGACGUGUCCCACAAGGAGUCCUCGCUGGGCAUCGACUCCAUGUGCCACCAGCUGAAUAACCACAGCCGCGGCAUAACCUACUACGGCGGCAUCGAAAAAUUUGAUCCCUCGGUCAGCACCCAGGAGUCGUGGGCCCAGGCUAGCAGCGAGCACGUCCGUCGUUCACAGGCGGAGCGGGCGAAGCUCUCUCAGCUGCGCAGCGAUGCCCAGAGCGUGGUUAACUCGGUGGCCACCACCGUGUGGGACUUCUGGAGCAACACCAAUAAUGCCUUCGAUCGGCGCUCUCAGGAGAUGGCCGAGGCAAAGAACCGGGUCCAGUUGCACCUGCAGAAGGUUCAGCAGGAGCUGUUCGACAUGGAGAAGCACCUCUUCCUGCUCCAGAAGGCCAUUCAGGACAAGUCCGGGCCGCUCAAGGUGGCUCAAACGCGGCUGGAGGCCCGAUCCCACCGGGAGGGCGUCGAGCUGUGCAAGGACCAUGCGCAGGACCGCCUCGUUCAGGAGGUACAGGAUAUCCAGGGCGCCGUAGAGACGCUGCACCACAAGCUGCAGGAAGCGGAGGCCACGCACCAGGGUCUUCUAAAAACGCGCUGCACCCUGGAGGUGGAUCUGAGGAACAAGGUCAACGCGCUGUUUAUCGAUCGGGAGAAGUGCAUGAGUCUAAGGCGCUCCUUCCCGGUCAGCAAUCUAAUCAAGUACUGAUUCAGUUCCGGCCUCCAAGCUCAGACCUCCCAUUGCACCUUAGCACUCGCUUUACCCGCCACCUAUGUCGUAGCCUGGUCACAGCAAGUUGGAAUCUGUGUGCCCACUCCAGUAAGCAAACCGUUUUCUUUCGGGAGCUUAGUAAAUCUUUUACUGGCAAAUAAACUAAACUUCAAAAAUA